GCAAAUAAAUUUGACUGAAAUUAGUGUGUUGACCUUCGCUUCGUGUAUACGGAAACAUGGAUGCCAUCUGAGCCGACGUACGUCCAAAAACCAAACAAUACCAGAUCGAUCAACAUUACACCCCUUAAAUAGCUAAUCAAAGGACCAGAUGAAUCCUGCAUAUCAAGUCAACUUGCCGCCCGGGUACCCUCAAUCAGGAAUACCAUCCGAUACGAGAAAUGUACCAAUGCAAGGUGUAAUGCCACCCCUGGCCUACUCACCUGCACUCUACACUGCUGUUAACCCCACGCUCAAUCAACAUGGCUCUAUCACUGGUGCGAAUGGUCCUGCAGGAGCUGGUGGAGGUCUACUCUAUGAAAGCAGUGCAUCUCCAUUGAUGCGGUCAUAUGGAAAAGGAAGUCCGUACGUACUGCCAGCAACUCACACCUCCUAUUCCACUGGAUUGAAUACAUCUCCUGCCCACACACAGUCGGCAUAUACACAUUCACUCUCACAGUCUAGUGGAGGUACGUUAUAUAGUGCACAGUCGGCCUACCCUCCGGGGCUGAUACCAGGCUUAGCUCCACCAACUAACUUACUCCAAGCUCAACAACAACAACAGAGGCAACUCUAUCUACAGAGCACGGCUCAGCCGGGCAUGAACCCUGCACUUGGAAUGAACCCAGCAGCAGCUGCGGCCUUAGCUGCUCGACAAUCACCUGUACAAGGUAUGCCAGUCAACCAGGCCCAACACUACCAGUACGCCAUGAUGUCAGCCCCGCCCGCUGGUAGCGUCUACCCCAACCCUACCUAUUACCCCUCCUAUGGUCCUGUCUACCACCAGAACAAUGGGGCGAUACCAUAGUCUAGGAGGGAUGAGAAGGGACCAAGGUGGAAGUAAGGGUGUAAGAGGAGGAGACAUGGGUAGCUGACUGCUUAGAGGGUGAGAGAGAAUGAGAGAGAGAGAGCGUGAGAGAGAAUAUUUAUGACCGAGUGAAUGAGUGAGAGAAUGAUGGGUAAUAUAUCAUAGAUUCAAAAGUGAGAGAGAGAGAGUGAGUGACACAUGGUGUCUCAUUCUUAUUUGGUUUGAAGAUAGAGACCAUUUUGCUGAUAAGUAUCAUGGAUGUCUUUAGAUAAAGCAUUGUCAUCAUGUUUCACCAAGGAAGUGCCAAAUAGGUUUCGCUUCCAAAAAAAGAAAAAAAAAUCAUUGAAAAUAAAAGAAAACAAGAAAAAAAUUCCCAUAACCAUAUAAAGAGGAUAUAUCACUGUGUAUUUUUAAACAAUGCUCACAAAUGGGGUUUAGAUUUAUGCCUUGGUCAAAGGUUUAGACCCUCUAUGUGGACUGUAUUACACACUGUGCAUGACGCAAUGAGUAGACUAUGCUUAAAGCAGUUUUUACCAUGUUUUAAGAUACUUUAAGAAUUCAAAUCUUUGCUUACAGGGAGCAAAUGGUCUCUGUAUUAAGCCUAUGGUAAGGUGAGAAUUUAUUAGUCAAUGGAUUAAUAUGGUGCACAUAUGGUUAUUAACAAUGAGUAACCAAGUAAGGAUGGAGAAUCGUGGGUAAAGUUUUCAGGGAUACGCCCAGUUAUGAUGGUAGUAUAUUGCCCAUGCAAUAGUAUUAAUGCGCCCAGUUAGGAUGGAAGUAUAUUGCCAAUGCAAUAGUAUUAAUGUUUCAUGAAUGGUUUAGAGAAUGAGAGUGUAGCAGUCACCAUACAUGUUUGAGUUUCAGUAUUAGAUUCACUUUUAAUGGCAAUAUAGAUGGAAUUGUAUUUCUCCAACAUUAAGAUAAUAUCAAAAGUUAUUAGCAAAAGUAAAAAGAUGAUUGGAAUAAGCUCGCAGGGAUGUCUGAUGGUUAUAACAUAAAUAUCAGACAUAACUCACUGUUUGUGGUGUAUUAAAAUAGAAUGCCUCCAUAUGUGAUGAAGAGCAGAAAUUUGUACAAUCACUAUUCUGGAACUGAGGAGUGAAAUAUUUACCUAUCUUCAGCCCCAAAAUGGAGUUUUAAAAAUUAGGCUAGGAAAUUGGACCUUCUAACCACAGAAUUGUC